AUGCGAAAAGGGAAAUUGAGCCCAAGGGGAGAUGGACCAUUCAAAGUGCUUGAAAAGAUCAAUGACAAUGCCUACAAGAUCGACUUGCCAAGUGAGUAUAAUGUUCAUAAUGUUUUCAAUGUGAGUGAUGUUUCCUCUUGUGUUGUAGUUUCUUACUAUCCAUGGGCAGAACGCCUAAAAAAUAAUGCCACUGUGGAAUGUAAUGAUAAUGGAGCUGAAUUUUUAGAAGUUCAAGAUUCUAUAAUACCUUCACCAUCAGAUUACGGUCCUCUUGUUUCCCCGGUGAGUAAAAUAAAACAAGAAUGUGUAGAGAAGACUUUUGAUUUUUCUGCCUCGAAGCUAAGUGCCCUCCAAGCCUUAGUUGAAUCUGAGGCAAUACAAUAUCCCACGAGGAACGAGGUUGUCAAUGCACUUGUUUACAAAUGUGCUGCUAACGCGGCUUCUUCAGCCAACCCUCAUCAGUUGGUCCAGUAUAUGAAUAUUCGAGAAAGUACUUCACCUCCACUACCGCCAACCUCCAUUGGGAAUAUUCUAACCGUCUUCUCCACACCAAUUCAUAAAGGAGACCUCGGGUUGGCAAAAAUAGUUGCUGAUAUAAGAAAGUCCAAAAAUAAUUGUAGUACUACGCGUAACAACGAACAUAAUGAGUGGGUUUCCGAGAUACUAAAUGCAUAUAGUACGGGAAAAGGGACAUUCCACCAAAGGGAUUGUGAUGUGUAUAUUUCAACUAGUCUAUGUAAGUACCCUUUUCAAGAAUUAGAUUUUGGAUGGGGUAAGCCAAGUAGAGCACGCUUAGGAGGACAUUCGAUAAGCAAGUAUUUUGCGUUGAUGAAUACUCAUGAUGGAGGAAUACAUGUGUCUGUUCACUUGACUGAAAAAGAAAUGUCUAUCUUUGAGAAUGAUAAGCAUCUUCUCCAGUUUGCUACUCCUGAUCAACAACAGUAA